AAUUGGUUUAUUUCCAGCUCCCAACACACAAAAUGAUUGGAAUGGUCAAUGUUCAGUGUGAUACUCCUCUCGACUACUACGCAACUGCUCCAAACCUGUUGAGCAGAGACACUUCUGUCAGAAAACGUGGGGAUAGUGAAUCAGCAAAUGCUUCCCGCCACAACUCUACCAAGCGUACUCCAUCAUGGCGUCCACUUUUCACUGGACAGGGUAAAAAGAAAAGUUCAAAGCCCAAAUAUCUACAGGAUGGCCGGAAAAUGACAGAAGAUGGGCAUGACGAGCCAAAUAAGCUUUGGGAAGAGCUUUUCCUCCGUUCAUUCGCCCACAAAAUUGAGCAGGAAAUCUCGUCGCCGAGCCCACUUGAAGCACACAAAAAUCUGAAUUCGGAACUCUCAAAACUCAAUAUUCAAGACAAAUCCUUCUACCGAUCUACAUAUUCGUUGGUGUCGCCCACGCGGAUAGAAAAUACUGAUUUUGAGGAGUUGGAGAGGAUCGAGAAUCAGGAGAAGACUCAGGAUGACUCAAAACCCAACCGCUCCAACUCAUCAACAGAACGGCCCAGUUCUCAAAUUUGCAGUGUUUUUCUUCCAUUUAUCAAGACAAUUAAGGGAAACAAAAAGAAGAAUUCGAUUACUUCAGUGAAUAAUAAUACCAAAAAUUCAUGAUUUUUUGAAAAUUUUAACUUUUUUUUUCCCGCAUUUUUUUGCCUUUUUUCUCAACUUUUACUCUCAAAACCCCACUCUUUUGUCACAUAAUAUCUAUAUCAUUAAUUUAAUUUUAAAUAUUGCCCCAACACACACACAACUACAGUAAUCCUCUCACUUUUUCGCCCACCACUCAAUUGUUGAACACACAAUAUUAUUUUAUACAAACCACACACAAAAAAAAAGAAGAAUCAAUCAAUAAAUCGGCCACAAGUUCAGUUUUUC